ACAUAAUAAACUCGAGGGCGAGUAUGCAAAAUCCUUAUCGACACAUCUGACAUCCCCGCCCAGAUCGUUGCCGCCCCAGCCUCCGCCUCCAAAUCUCGCUCGGAAAGCGGAAACGAAGCGGUCACGGCGAUGGCGGCGGCCGGCAGCGGUUCCUCCGACGAUGUCCCGGUCCUCCAUACGGAGAACCUCACCAGCAACGUCAAGUCCAUCUACUACAGUCGAACAUUCUUGUCGAUCAUUGGUGGAGUUGUUGCUGGAAUCUGGGGAUUCACAGGCCUGAUGGGAUUUGUCUUCUACUUUCUGAUAAUGAUGGUUGCAUCUAUUGGACUCUUGGCAAAGUCAAAAUUUUCAGCUCAGACAUACUUCGAUAGUUGGAGCAGGAUUUUGAUUGAAGGAGUUUUUGGUGGCCUUAUGUCCUUUGUGCUGUUUUGGACAUUUGCUUAUGACAUUGUGCACAUCUUCUGAUGGACGUAGAAAUGCAAAAGCAGAUGUGGAAUUUCUCCUGACAUCGCACAUGCCCCAUGGAUCGUGUUAUGUUCCAAUUUUGUAUUGGUAAUCAAUAUAGUGAGCUGCGGCCAUCUAUAUAUCAGUUAUUUCGGUGUACACUGUAUUUUUUUUAGCAAAUCACAUAAGCUGAUGUAGCAAUUCCUACCUUGAAUGACUAGCUAUUCUGAUUCGUCACUUCCAGCAUCCAUAAUGUCACUGAUGACGAUGGCUAAAAUUUCGUAGUGAUGAACACUCAGCUUUCCGCCUUCCUGGCAUGAUCA